AUGAUGAGCUUGUCCAGAAAACUGCAAUUUCUUCAGACUCACCCUGAUAGGUUCAGUUAUGGUGUCCUGCUUUGGGAACUGCUAACAGGAGAAGUACCAUUCCGAGGAAUUGAUGGUCUUGCAGUAGCAUACGGUGUUGCCAUGAAUAAACUUGCCCUUCCAAUCCCUUCCACAUGUCCAGAGCCUUUUGCCAAACUCAUGGAAGAUUGUUGGAAUCCUGACCCACACUCUCGACCUUCCUUUGCCAGUAUCCUAGACCAUCUCACCGCCAUAGAAGAGUCUGGUUUCUUUGAAAUGCCCAAAGAUUCCUUCCACUCCCUUCAGGAAGACUGGAAGCAAGAGAUCCAAGAGAUGUUUGAUCAGCUCAGAGCCAAAGAAAAGGAGCUGCGCACAUGGGAAGAAGAGCUGACUCGUGCUGCUGUUGAACAGAAGAACCAUGAGGAGUUGCUACGAAGGCGGGAACAGGAGCUGGCAGAACGUGAGAUUGACAUCCUGGAAAGGGAGCUCAACAUCAUCAUCCACCAGCUGUGUCAGGAGAAGCCUCGAGUGAAGAAACGCAUGGGGAAGUUCAAGAGGAACCGGCUGAAGUUAAAAGAUGGCAAUCAUAUCAGCCUGCCUUCAGAUUUCCAGCAUAAAUUUACUGUGCAGGCUUCUCCAACGAUGGAUAAAAGGAAAAGCUUGAUCAGUAGCUGCUCCAGCCCUCCUGCAAGUCCUACCAUUAUUCCCAGACUCAGGGCCAUACAGUUGGCUCCUGCCGAAAGCAGUAAAACGUGGGGACGAAGCUCAGUCCUUCCAAAGGAAGAAGGAGAGGAAGAAGAGAAGAGAGGCCAGAAGAAAAAGGGACGCACUUGGGGACCGAGCUCACUUUGUCACAAGGAACUAGGUGCAGGAGAAGAUGGUCUGAAAGCUCUGGUAGAAGGAUACAAACAGUGGUCAUCCAGUGCACCGAACCUUGGGAAGAUCCAGAGAACUGUACCUGCUUUUCCAGGAUUCACCAGCUUAGCCGAGAUGGCACUCCUUUCCUGUUACUGGUUUUUAGAUGUGGAGCAUGAUGAUGAAGACAGCGAAUGUCUUAAUGGGGAGGGCAAAGUGCAUCCUUCACCUGGGCACAAUCAGUCAUACCUCUGCAUCCCAUUUCAGAAGAGUGAAGACUGGGAUGGCCCUUCUAGUGAUGCCAAUGAGGAGUCCACCCCUGUGAACUCUGCUACUAGUACCCCGCAGCUGACACCCACCAACAGCCUCAAACGUAGUGGCUCCCACCACAAACGAUGUGAGGUUGCAUUACUUGGUUGUGGAGCAGUGCUGGCUGCUGCAGGCCUGGGUUUUGAUCUGUUAGAAGCAGGGAAAUGUCAGCUGCUGAUUGAGGAGGAGCCAGAGGCACCUAAGGAAGAGAAGAAGAAGCGUGACAGCAUUUUCCAGCGAGCUGGACGCCCACGCAGGAGCACUAGUCCACCUUCCCGAAAGAUCUUCAAGAAAGAGGAUCCCAUGUUGUUGCUAGGCGAGCCAUCCACAUCCCUCACUCUUCUUUCCCUGUCUUCCAUUUCUGAAUGUAAUUCCACCCGAUCCCUGCUGCGCUCAGACAGUGAUGAGAUUGUGGUGUAUGAAAUGCCUGUCAGCCCAGUGACUGUCAAGGCUCCCUUGCCAGCCAUUACCAACCCACUAGUCAAUGUCCAGAUCGAGAGGUUCAAACAAGACCCCAACCAGUCCCUGACUCCCACGCAUGUGACAGUCUCUUCCCACACCCAGCAAAGCGGGCACAGGCGCACACCUUCUGAUGGGGCCAUCAAAGGGAGUGGACUAGUUGUCAAUGGGUGCCCAACCAGUGGAUGCCCUUCCAGUAGCUGUUUAACUGGAGGUCUGGGAGCAGGUGUGUUAAAAACACCUAGUCCAAGUAGAGAUCCCAAUGAGGUCCCUCGCCUGCCAGACCCCAACCUUGUUUUUCCUCCAACCCCGAGACGAUGGAAUGCACAUCAAGACCCCACACUGGAAAGACCCAAGACAUUGGAGUUCCUGCCCCGGCCACGUCCUGCAGCCAGUCGGCAGCGGCUUGAUCCCUGGUGGUUUGUGUCACCCAGCAAUGCGAAGGGUGAAUCUUCUGCCAACAGUUCAAGUACUGAUACUCCAAGCAAUCUGGACUCUUGUUUUGCUAGUAGCAGCAGCACUGUAGAAGAGAGACCUGGACUGCCUGCACUGCUUCCUUUCCAGGUGGGUCUUCCUGUAGAGGAGCGGACACUGUUGGACAUAGAUGCUGAGGGGCAGAGCCAGGACAGCACCAUUCCGCUAUGCAGAAGUGAACUUAACACACACAAAGCUGCAGCAUAUGAACUCAAGCAAGAAUUCUGGUCUUAG